AUGUACAUCAUGGAACAAAAACCACAAAAUCACAGAAAAACACACAGGAAUACGCCAUCGUUUUCCUCCAUCCUUCUCGACGAAAUCUACCGCUCGAUCGAUGGUAAAAAAUCGAACGAGCCAAAGCCACUCGGUCGAAUGCCUACAAGAAAAAAUAUCAACCCGGAAGCCAGGGAGAAAGGCGAAUCCAGAAGAAAACCGGCAUUAAUCGAGGACUCGUUUUUCCACAGCUCGACGAAUUCGAGCUCUUCCGACAGCUCCGGCGCAUUUUCCGACACCGAGUUUUUCCGGUCAAGGUCAAAAGUCUCCAACUGUUUCCUAUUCGACGAUCGCCAUAUUAAUCGGAGGAACAAAACCGAGGAUGACUCGGUUUUCGUCAAGCCGAAAUCGAUGCCCCACCGAGUCUACGCCGGUUUGAAGAAAGUGAAGCAGCCGAUCUCGCCAGGUGGCAGGCUAACGAGCUUCAUCAGCUCGAUUUUCGCAGGUUCGAGGGAGAAGACGUCGAAGAAAGUCGAAAAAUGCGAAGAGCUCCGAUUUCGGGACGUGUUGAAAAAUCCAGCGGAGGGGAUGAGACGGACGACUAGAUUUCGUUACUCGGGUCAAGUUAAGAGCGAGCCUGCUUUUUCAGAGAGGGGUAAAUUCGUAAAACCACCACUACCGACGAACAAUGUAGGAGUGGAGGAGUUGAGGGUGAGGAUUGGGGGGCAAACUAGGAAAAUUAUCGAAGGGGAUUCGAAACACGAUUUUGUUAAGAGUAAGAACGAUUUCGCUAAGCGAAGGGAAAUCGAGAUGGAUGGCGAUGAUGUCGAUGAAGAUGACUUUAGUGACUCGAGUUCGGAUUUAUUCGAGCUGGAUCAUAAGGCCUUGUUUGGUAAUUACCGAUUUUGCGAGGAACUCCCUGUGUAUGAAAGUACCUACUUAUGUUGA